AUGGCAGCAUCCAAAUCAGCAUCAGCCAAAUCCAAAGAGCAGAGCACAGAUCCUUACCAGCCGAUACCUGCACCUCCACCGCCGAUACAAACUGGCUCGACCCCGCUAGAACCUCCUGCCACGUUGACCGUCCUGGUCGAUAACGGUGUCUCCGAGUAA